GAAGACACGAGAACAAUUCGUGCAUUUAAAGAUUCAUGCACAAAAAACUGCUGUGUGUGAACUACAUCUGUCCAGCUCUGCUGUCAUCAUCACCAUGAUCUGAGAUGAAACAUACGCUGACUUCUGUGCGUAAUUCAUACGCCUCAGGGUCUUAAGUCUUGAUCGGUGUAAGGAUGCUACACUCUGUCAAUAAUAAUCAAUGAAGUGUCUGAAUGAGCUCCUCGUCUCCUCCCCUCAGAUGCGCUGCGCAUCAUCCAGCGCCCGCGCGCCCUCACUUCAGCUCUCGCGUCUCUCAAGAGCGCGUCUUCUGUCCUUAUCUUAUGUGAGCUCACCGGCCGCGUCCUUUAACGCCAGCGUCUCGGUCCUUCAGUCCAGACAGAGCGAGGCAUACGGAGGCAAGAGGAGCACCACGGACGCUUCACGCAGACAGACGCGCGAGACAAGGUCGACGGAGCGUGACGAGCCGUUCUGCGUGUCGCGCUCGGACGCUCCAGACGCGGGUGUUCAGCGCGCUCUCCACGCGUUGGAAACAAGGGGUCUUAGAUCUGGAGGUGGGGACCCGGGGAUGAGCCUGCUGUCGGGGGGCUUCGGCAUGGCGGGCUGGGGGUCCGGUUGGGUUCUGAUGCUGCUCGCGCUCUGGAGGCCCGGUGCCGCUUGUCCGGAGCUCUGCACGUGCACGGGCGCGCGGAUCUCGUGCGUGGAUGCGGAGCGCAGCAUUGUGGCUUUCCCCAUGCUGCAGUCCGAGGCAGAGAUGGAGAAUAUCACAGACAUAUACAUUGCAAAUCAAAGCAGCUUCAAAUCCAUUAAUGAAAAAGAUCUAGACUCGUACCGCAACCUCAGAAACUUAACCAUAACAAACACGAGGCUCGCAUAUAUUUCGAGGCAGGCUUUUGCGAGCAACCCGAAACUACAAUAUCUGAAUCUCAAAGAAAACAAUCUGUCCAGUCUAUCCUGGAGGACGUUUCGUCAUUUAAACAUUUCAUAUCUGUUGCUGGCAGGCAAUCCUUUGCAGUGCAUAUGUGAAAACGUGUGGCUGAAGCAGUGGAGAGGAGAGGAGGCCGAGGACCUGCUGUGUGUGGAGGAGGGAGGAAUGCGGAUAGCGCUGUCUACCCUCAAAAUGACGAACUGUGUUCUCCCCACUGUGACUCUCAAACCCACUAAAGUGACCAUGCGGAAAGGGUUAAAUGUGACGCUGGUGUGCAACACCUCAGGAAUGCCCACACCUAAUCUGAACUGGAGCACCUGCAAAUUGAAUUCAGCGUACGAGCUGCAGCACGAGCACUCAGGUCAGAGGUCAGAGCUCAGACUCGUGAAUGUCUCUUCCCUGGACAACGGAUGCAAAAUCACCUGCAGGUCUGAAAACAUGGUGGGAGAGGCCGAGGCCUCUGUGGAUCUGGACAUACUGUUUCCUCCUGUAAUCAGCAAGCUGAUGGAUGCGAUCUCGGACCACCACUGGUGCAUUCCCUUCAGCGUGUCGGGCAACCCAGAGCCUAAACUACGCUGGUUAUUAAACGACAAUCCCAUGGAGGAGGGCCCCUUUAUCCGCACCAUGAUCUACGAUUACUCAGAGGGCGAGUACCACGGCUGCUUACACCUGGACAGUCCCACACACAUCAACAAUGGAAAAUACACGCUGCUGGCCAGAAAUGUAUACGGAGAGGCCCGCGAGGAAGUAUUCGCGCAUUUCAUGCAUGAGCCGUGGAACGAAUCAGUUACUGAUCCGCUGUAUUAUGAUCCCACUACAGAUGACACUCCUCUUGGACCGCCUGAGGACAAAGUUGCUGUGUACGUGGUCGUGGGAAUUGCGGCGGUCACAUUCACAGGCUUCAUCCUGAUGCUUGUCAUUCUGAAGUUUGGACGCAACUCAAAGUUUGGAAUCAAAGGUCCUUCCUCAGUCAUCAGUAAUGACGAUGACUCUGCCAGUCCUCUUCAUCAUGUGUCCAACGGCUCUAACACACCCUCGUCCUCUGACAUGAACGCGGACGCCGUCAUCAUUGGCAUGACCAAGAUUCCCGUCAUAGAGAACCCGCAGUACUUCCGCAGCACCAGCAAUCUGCUCAAAUCUCAUACAUUUGUUCAGCACAUUAAGAGGUACAACAUUGUGCUGAAGAGGGAACUUGGAGAAGGAGCGUUUGGGAAAGUGUUUCUGGCCGAAUGCUAUAACCUGUCCACAGAUCAGGAGAAGAUCUUAGUGGCUGUCAAGACUUUGAAAGAGGCCAGCGAGAACGCCAGGAAGGACUUCCACCGUGAGGCCGAGUUGUUGACCAAUCUGCAGCACGAACACAUCGUCACAUUCUACGGCAUGUGUGUGGAGAGCGAUCCACUUAUUAUGGUGUUUGAGUACAUGAAACACGGCGACCUCAACAAGUUCCUUAGGGCUCAUGGUCCUGAUGCAGUCCUGAUGGCUGAGGGACAGGUGCAGCAGCAGGCAGAGCUCACUCAGUCUCAGAUGCUGCAUAUUGCACAGCAGAUCGCCGCAGGCAUGGUGUAUCUGGCUUCCCAGCACUUUGUUCACAGAGACCUGGCCACACGAAACUGCCUAGUCGGGGAGAAUCUCCUGGUGAAGAUUGGAGACUUUGGGAUGUCUCGAGAUGUCUACAGUACGGAUUACUAUCGGGUUGGAGGUCAUACCAUGCUGCCAAUCCGCUGGAUGCCACCAGAAAGUAUCAUGUACAGGAAGUUCACCACGGAGAGUGACGUCUGGAGUCUGGGAGUAGUGCUGUGGGAGAUCUUUACCUAUGGGAAACAGCCCUGGUACCAACUGUCAAAUAAUGAGGUGAUUGAGUGUAUCACCCAAGGUCGUGUACUGCAGCGACCCCGGACCUGUCCGAAGGAGGUGUAUGACUUGAUGCUGGGAUGCUGGCUGAGAGAACCGCACACCCGACUCAACAUUAAAGAGAUCCAUAACCUGCUCCUCAACCUGGCCAAGGCAUCACCGGUGUAUCUGGACAUCCUGGGAUAAGAGAGCACAUGCCACGUGUGGGACUGCAAGUGGAUUCCUGAAACUGCCCCCUCCUCUAUCCCACCCAAAAUCUCUUUCUUCUACAGCUUGAACGUCUCCUUCCUUGUCCACCUCCUCGUCAACUGCACCUCUUCUCAAUAUAAAAUGGGAUCUUGUCCACAUACAAUGACUACGAAUGAUGUAUUUCUGAACAAAAACGGACUAAAUGGAAAGAGUCGCAUUGAAGUGACUAUAGUUUAGUUACCAAGAAUAAAAUUUUCAGCCAUCCUCAACUACUGGAGCAAGUUCACACCUAUAAAUUCCAUUUUGGGAAAAAUGCAUUCGGGACUUGAGGAAGGGGGUCCUUCUUAAUAACAAAGAGGAAACAGCAGCUCCAUAAACAAUGAACAAACACAAAUGUGAGGAGAAAUAAACAACUUGUCCUGUCGGCUCCCACCUGUGACAUCCUUAAUCCGAUACAAAGCACAGAACCUGAAAUGAGCAUGGAGCAACAGUGACAAACUAUGACUAUAUCUAUAUGUAUACAUGUCUGUUUAUGGAACUGGACGCUACCAAUGUAGUUUCACAGUUGAGCGACUCUAACUAAAAGCUUCUGGACGCUGACAGGAUGUUGUUGCUGCCAAACUCAUCUGAAAUGGAGAACUAAGCCACUAAAAUGUGUCUAGAACAGAGGCAUUAUUUAUAGUGAGACAGGUCCCCACCACUUUUGCCAGGGCCAGUUUUGUCCCUCCAUUUCCACCAAUUUUGUCCCACCACUUUAUGAAAUAGCUUAGGGUUUUGAUGAGUGCAGUGGACGUGUCUCCAGUUGUCGAGCAAAGGUUUUAAUUUUGUUAGUAGCGAUCUGAUGAUGGAAUUAGUUAUGAUCUAUAAUUUUUGGACAUUUCUAUAAGUAAUGUCACAUUUUACUUUUGACUUGAGCACAUGCUCUACUACAACCCUGAUUUCUGGAUCAAUGCUUCAUAUUUAUAAGAUCAUUAUUAACCUUAUUCAUGUUCAUAAGCUAAGCCUUCACCAUUUUGUGAUGUCACAACCAGCAUGUCUGUUUUCUGCCCCAUGCCCAGUUCAAAAUUAACGCCAUAUCUUCAGGUUUGUACACUACAUGAGCUAUGGAGGGCAAGAUGGAGUCAUUUGAGAUGAGGCUGUGCCUCAGUACCGUCAGCUUGCAUUUCUUACAGGAGCUUAAUUACGCAAAGUGGCCGAUUAUGACGGUUAUGCGGGCUAAAUUAUGACCUUUGCUUUCUCUCAUUCUCGAUCGCCAUGUUUUACUACUGAGUGGAAGCACUAAUGUAGUACUCAAGCUUCGGGUUGUGCAACUGCUAUAGUGUAAUAUAUAUUUCAUUACAGGACAAAUGUCUACUAUUAGCAGCAACUCCCUCUAGACUCAUAUACGCUAUCAGUGGGGGAAAGAGGAGAGACAGGAGGGGACAGGAUGGAGAGAAUGAGACGAGGGGAGGAAAAUAAUGUUAAACAGAGAUAAACAUGAGUCACCUCACUAAAACCCACAUUUCUUCUUCCUUAUAUCGUACAUAAAUGAUUAUAUCUAUUUAUCACCAUAGAGAUCCUAUCCCAGCAUCCUUUUUGUUUGAGUUCAUUAUUGCACCGUCAAUCCCCUCUCCUGUGGGAGACUUUGCACACUGGACUCAAUGGCAUGAAUUUGUGAACAAAAAUCUUCCAAUCAAUUCAGUUUUUGAGUGAAAAUGUAUUUAUUUUUUGGAAUAAGAAUUGUAAUCUUUAAGAUAUGUAACUUUUAAUUUAAUAUUUAUUUUGUACUUAAUGUGAAGCACUUUUGCUUUUGACUUUGCCUGUAAAUAAUUGUUUAUAUUAUUAUUAUUAUUAUUCAUAUUUGGUUGAGAAUGAAUAUAGAGGUGGUUUCUGGGUUCAAAUGUCAUGGAAUGGAAUGUAUUAAUGUAAAAAGACAGAAAGAGUACAUAUUUUGGAUGAACAAAGAGAAAUCUUUAGGUUAAACGUUCAAGUUACAUUUACACAAAAGAAGCCUAAUUUUGGAUUUUGACCAUUUUGCAUUACCAUUAAGAUCAUUUUCUCCACAAAUUCUCACUGACAUUUGCAUUUUACUGUUUUUUUUAUUUCCAUUAUUCUAAAUUGCAAUUCUCAUUACAGUAAUACAGUAAUUUUUACUGUAGAACAAUGUUUUUAAUUUAAAUUCACAUAAUUUCAAGACAGUAUAACAAACUAUCAUGGAGUAUCAGUAUUUUACACUUUGAAAUGUCAUAAAUUUUUCUCAUUACAGUGAUGGCUAUGAUUUUUAUUUAUUUAUUUAUUAUUUUUUUUAUGAUAUAUAUGGCAAUGGGGUAAAAUGUGCUUAAUAGUCAUGAAAAUAAUCCCUCAAUGCGAUUCCUUUGUUUUUCAAUGUUUUCAUCAUGAAACAGAGGGAAAAUGUUUUUUGAGAUACAAAUAUGAAUGAGUUUCAGUGGCUCAGAUUAGUCUUGCCUUACGCAAAAAUCUCCAAAGCGUCCUGCGACAGAACAAAAAACUGUGACUGCAUAUCAGACACCUUCUUCUACAUGUUCAGAACUUCUCCUGAUGUUUCAGAAUGUCUAUAAGCUAACCACAAUUAAACACGUGUUAAAGUCAACAUGAAAGCAAAACCGACCCUCUUCACUUUCUUACACUUUCCUGUUUCUUAUUGUGCACAUUAUUACACAGACAAAAGUCAUUGUGUAACUCUAAAACAACUUGCCUUUUCUGUUGAUAUCACUAAUCAUCAAUUUACAGAAGUAAAAUGGCUUUCAAAGGCUGUUUCAUGCUGACUUUAAGUACAAAAUUGGGAUACUUACUCCUUUUUCUUAAUACUUUUUAACAGGCCUGUUGACACCUGGAAAGAAGAUUUCUGCAGAGUGUCACAAGUAGUGUGAUUAUUUCAUUUAUGGAAUUAUAGAGUUAUAAGUUCAUCUACAAAAGUACAAUCAAAUGUCCUCAUCUGUAUGAGAUACUGUAUAUGGACCAGUCAAGUUGUCCGCCAUUGUAUUUAAUAAAAGUGUAAUGUCUUA